AUGACGACCGUAGAGAAGAUCUCGGCGAUUGAGGCCGAAAUGGCCAAGACGCAGAAGAACAAGGCCACAUCCUUCCAUCUGGGACAACUGAAGGCGAAAUUGGCGAAGCUGAAGAAAGAGCUACUCACACCAACAUCGAGCGGUGGCGGCGGCGGAGUGGGUUUCGAUGUCGCGCGAACUGGUGUGGCGUCUGUUGGCUUCAUAGGCUUCCCAUCGGUGGGCAAGUCAACACUCAUGUCAAGACUUACUGGCCAGCACUCCGAAGCGGCUGCAUACGAAUUCACAACGCUCACAACUGUACCUGGACAAGUCAUGUACAACGGUGCCAAGAUUCAGAUGCUGGAUUUGCCUGGUAUCAUCCAGGGUGCCAAGGACGGUAAAGGUCGUGGUCGACAGGUCAUUGCUGUUGCGAAGACUUGCCAUUUGAUCUUCAUCGUCCUCGACGUCAACAAGCCUCUCACGGAUAAGCGAAUCAUCGAGACUGAAUUGGAAGGCUUCGGGAUCAGAGUGAACAAGCAGCCGCCAAACAUCAAGAUUACGAAGAAGGACAAGGGAGGAAUCUCAAUCACUUCCACCGUGCCACUUUCGCACAUCGAYAAUGACGAGGUCAAGGCCGUUAUGAAUGAAUAUCGCAUGGCCAAUUGCGACAUUGCCAUUCGAUGUGACGCUACAAUCGACGACCUGAUCGAUGUUAUUGAAGCCAAGAGCAGAGCAUACAUUCCUGUCAUCUACGCCCUCAACAAGAUCGACGCCAUCAGUAUCGAAGAGCUGGACCUGCUAUACAGAAUUCCAAAUGCCUGCCCAAUCUCCUCAGAGCAUGGUUGGAACGUCGAUGAGCUCAUGGAGCAAAUGUGGGAGAAGCUCAACCUGCGUCGUGUCUACACGAAGCCCAAGGGAAAGCAGCCCGAUUACUCGGCCCCUGUUGUGUUGAGAAGUACGGCUUGCACAGUCGAGGACUUCUGUAAUGCUAUUCACAAGACCAUUGUGGAUGACUUCCGAGUUGCUAUUGUGUACGGACGAAGUGUAAAGCAUCAGCCUCAAAGAGUUGGCCUCACCCAUGAAUUGGGAGAUGAGGAUAUCAUCACAUUGGUCAAGAAAUGA